CGCAUUUAUUGCGUAAUAGAAAUACACCAGUGUCCCUCCGCUAAAUAACUGUCUAAAUAUCCAUUUGGUUGUCAUAUGUGAGACGUGUAAAGUCUAAGUAUGAGUAUUGAAAUAUAACGAGCUCCAGCAUGUGGCAAAGAAGCACCCGCUUGACCGCAGCUGUUGGCUAGUUAGUUAGCUUGCCACAGCUAACGUUAGCUACCUGCCAACAUGCAGAUCUUCGUGAAGACGUUGACGGGGAAAACAAUCACCCUUGAGGUUGAGCCCAGCGAUACUAUUGAAAAUGUCAAGGCCAAGAUCCAGGAUAAGGAAGGCAUUCCACCUGAUCAACAGCGUCUGAUCUUCGCUGGCAAACAACUUGAGGAUGGUCGCACCUUGUCAGACUACAACAUCCAGAAAGAGUCCACCCUUCAUCUUGUGCUGCGUCUUCGUGGAGGCAUUAUCGAGCCAUCUUUGAGACAGCUGGCCCAGAAGUACAACUGUGACAAAAUGAUCUGCCGCAAGUGCUACGCUCGCCUCCAUCCUCGUGCUGUCAACUGCCGCAAGAAGAAGUGUGGACACACAAACAACCUGCGCCCCAAGAAGAAGCUGAAGUAGACAGUUGGCUUGGUGCUUUUUGUGGAACAUAAGCACAACUGUUAAAUAAACAUACCAAAAUGUA